AUUCAGCCAGGCCAGAAUGUGAGCCAAAACCGGACCGGACCUAGGUACUUUUCCUUUUCUAGCCCGGCGAUCAAUGCGGAGCACUAGGUAUCAUACCUGCUAGUAGAAUACGAUAAAACACUGGGUGGGAUAUCUAUACUUUAAUUCCUGCUUGCCCGCUUUCCCUUCCCUCACCUCUGACGACGACGACGAACAAAGACGAGCCAGGAGGAACAGGAACCAUGAGUUACAGCGCAACAAUAACGCCGUCGCCCACGCCGCGUCCGGACCAGCAGCGCGGCCGCGGCUUGUCCUUCAUGCCACUGCAGGAACCCGAACUGCUGUACUCGCGCAACCACCUUCCGGGACUCUUGCUGCAGACCGCAACCAACAGCGACGAGGACCUCCUCCAGAGCCAGCACCUGCGCCGCCAGGCGGCCGCGUUCAAUAAUCCCCACAUGCGAUACAUGCGCCUCAUAGGCGACAAUAAUCCGCGGUACCAAUGGGAGCAGUAUCGCAAAAGCCCCGAGGAGGUGAAGGGGAUGAAGAAGCCGCUGAGGGAGUACUACGAGAGGAACAAUUCGUUGAUCGAUCAAUACAUCUACAUCGACAAGCUGCUCGAUUCGACGCUACCGAGGGAUCUGCUGCAAACGUACCAUGACAACCACGAUCUGGAAACUGUCAACGAGGGUCUGCGCUCCCCGCAAAGCGCGCGGAGUGGUGGCGAUGGUGGUGGAUACACGGACGCCUACGGGUCCACCGAUUCCCUGACGGAGCUCCUCCGAGUGCAAGCGCCCCGACCUCUCGCUCCCCAGCGAAAACGCCCUAGCUACAUCUACAGGAUCGCAGACGAGGAAUCGCCAUUGCUCCAAGGAGAGGCCAAUGGCGGCGGCGGCGGAGGCUCCGAAGAAUCGCAAGCUAGCAUCGUGAAAACCGCCAUCUAUAUCAACUUCACGGCGAAUGGGGUGUUGUUGGUCGCCAAGUUGUUGGUAGCCCUGUUGACGAAUUCGUUGUCUGUGCUUGCGAGUUUGGUGGAUGGCGUCUUGGAUUUCCUCUCGACGGUGAUUGUUACCACCACGGCAAGAUUGAUGCGCCGAAAAGACUCCUACACCUAUCCUAUCGGCCGUUCCCGCCUCGAGCCCCUCGGAGUCCUUGUGUUCUCGGUCAUCAUGGUCACCUCCUUCGUUCAAGUGGGCAUCACGGCGCUACAGCGUCUAUUCGGUCCCGAGCGCACAGUGGUCACUGUCGGACCCACCGCAAUAGCAAUCAUGGCUAGCACCGUCGUCGUCAAGGGCGCCUGCUACUUCUGGUGUCGACUGAUCCGAAAUUCAUCAGUGCAAGCACUUGCGGAGGACGCAUUCACCGAUGUUAUAUUUAACUUCUUCUCCAUCAUCUUCCCGCUCCUCGGUAGUUUCACCGGCCAAUGGUACCUGGACUCCCUCGGCGGUCUCCUCCUGUCCAUCUACGUCGUGAUCGCGUGGGUGCGCAUAUCCAAAGGGCACAUCAAGAACCUUACGGGAGCCGCCGCGUCCGCCGACCAACGCAACGUGCUCCUCUACGUCACUAUGCGCUUUGCGCGGAGUAUCCGACAGAUCACGAGCGUGCAUGCAUAUCAUGCGGGCGACAAGCUCAACGUCGAGGUCGAUAUCGUCUUGGAUGAUGAACUCGGCCUGAGAGACUCGCACGAUCUCGGAGAGUGUCUGCAGUAUACCCUCGAGAGUCUGCCGACUGUCGAGAGGGCUUUUGUCCAUUUGGAUUACGACUCUAGGAACCCGCCGGGCCAUUUGCGGUAGGGAAUAUACUGUGUGUGUGCAUGUGUGGGAAAUAGUUUUCGUAUUUAUGGCGGGUUUUUGGGUACCGGAACUUGGAAGAGUCAUUUGGAUGGCUUUAAUUUGUACGUGUUAUACUUGUCGGAUUAGAGUAGGCGGAGUAGCGAUACCAGGAGAGCUCUAGGUAGAAGAAUAGAGGAUCAGAAUACCUUGUAAUCCUCAAUGUUGGAAUUGAGAGAAG